AGCGCUGACUGGGUCCGAGCGGUGGAGCGGCGAGCCGGACCUGGGUUGGCGCUGAGGUGGCGGAGAUUUGGGGCUGCGAGGCAGCUGGACUUCCCGCGCCGGGCAGGGCAGAUAUUUCUGGACCAGAUGAAGCCCGAGGAAACUUCCAGCUGUAGAAUAGGCCAGGAAGCCUUCUGAUUGUGGAUUUGCAGAAGACUUGCCCCACCUCUCCACACAAUGUCAGGAAACCACAUACCUUCUGCCAGUGGCCCCUUCUCAGCCCUGACUCCGAGCAUGUGGCCCCAGGAGAUCUUGGCCAAGUACAUGCAGAAGGAAGAGUCAGUGGAACAGCCAGAGUUCUGCUACGAUGAGUUCGGUUUCCGCGUGGACAAGGAAGAUGGCGCCGACCUCGGUCCCAGCAAGCUGCCGGGGGCGGCUCUGUUGGAGGACCCCCCGCAGAGGCUGCGGUGGCAGGCCCACCUGGAGUUCACCCACAACCACGACGUGGGGGACCUCACCUGGGACAAGAUCGCCGUGUCUCUGCCCCGCUCGGAGAAGCUUCGCUCCCUGGUGCUGGCCGGCAUCCCACACAGCAUGAGGCCGCAGCUGUGGAUGCGGCUCUCUGGGGCCCUGCAGAAGAAGCGGAGCUCCGAGCUGUCCUACCGAGAGAUGGUGAAGAACAGCUCCAAUGACGAGACCAUUGCUGCCAAACAGAUUGAGAAGGACCUGCUCCGCACCAUGCCCAGCAACGCCUGCUUCGCCAACGUGAGCAGCAUUGGGGUGCCCCGCCUGCGCAGGGUUCUCCGAGCCCUGGCCUGGCUCUACCCAGAGAUCGGCUACUGCCAGGGCACAGGCAUGGUGGCUGCCUGCCUCCUUCUGUUCCUGGAGGAGGAGGACGCUUUCUGGAUGAUGUGUGCCAUCACUGAGGACCUGCUCCCUGCGUCCUACUUCAGCACCACUCUGCUGGGCGUCCAGACCGACCAGCGGGUCCUGCGCCAUCUCAUUGUGCAGUACCUGCCCCGCUUGGACAAGCUGCUCCAGGAGCACGACAUUGAGCUGUCCCUGAUCACACUGCACUGGUUCCUCACGGCCUUCGCCAGCGUGGUGCACAUCAGGGUGCUGCUGCGCCUCUGGGACCUGUUUUUCUACGAGGGCUCCCUGGUGCUCUUCCAGACCACGCUGGGCAUGCUGCGGCUCAAGGAAGAGGAGCUGAUCCAGUCGGAGAACUCGGCCUCCAUCUUCAACACACUGUCAGACAUACCUUCACAGAUUGAGGACGCGGAGCUGCUGCUGGGGGAGGCCAUGCGGCUGGCCGGCUCCCUCACGGAUGUGGCCGUGGAGACGCAGCGUCGCAAGCACCUGGCUUACCUCAUUGCAGAUCAGGGUCAGCUCCUGGGGACCAGUGCCACCACCAACCUCUCGCAGGUUGUGCGUCGCAGGACCCAGCGGAGGAAGUCCGGCAUCACCUCCCUGCUCUUCGGGGAGGACGACCUGGAGGCGCUCAAGGCCAAGAACAUCAAGCAGACGGAACUGGUAGCUGACCUCCGGGAAGCCAUCCUGCGCGUCGCACGCCAUUUCCAGUGCACAGACCCCAAAAACUGUAGUGUGGAGCUGAGCCCGGACUACAGCAUGGAGAGCCACCAGCGGGACCACGAGAACUACGUGGCGUGCUCACGCGGCCACCGGCGCCGGGCCAAGGCCCUGCUGGACUUCGAGCGACACGAUGACGACGAGCUGGGCUUCCGCAAGAAUGACAUCAUCACGAUCAUCUCUCAAAAGGACGAGCACUGCUGGGUCGGGGAGCUGAACGGCCUGAGAGGCUGGUUUCCAGCCAAGUUUGUGGAAGUCCUGGAUGAACGGAGUAAAGAGUACUCCAUCGCGGGGGAUGAUGCUGUGACAGAAGGCGUCACGGACCUUGUACGCGGGACCCUGUGCCCAGCUCUCAAGGCCCUGUUUGAACAUGGGCUGAAGAAGCCGUCCCUGCUCGGGGGCGCCUGCCACCCGUGGCUGUUUAUUGAGGAGGCAGCAGGCCGGGAGGUAGAGAGAGACUUUGACUCGGUGUAUUCACGCCUGGUGCUGUGUAAGACGUACAGGUUGGAUGAAGAUGGCAAAGUCCUGACCCCGGAGGAGCUGCUCUACCGGGCUGUGCAGUCUGUGAACGUGACCCAUGAUGCCGCACACGCACAAAUGGACGUCAAGCUCCGGUCCCUUAUCUGCGUGGGGCUCAACGAGCAGGUGUUGCACCUGUGGCUGGAGGUGCUGUGCUCCAGCCUGCCGACCGUGGAGAAGUGGUACCAGCCCUGGUCCUUCCUGCGCAGCCCCGGCUGGGUCCAGAUCAAGUGCGAGCUCCGCGUCCUCUGCUGCUUCGCCUUCAGCCUCUCCCAGGACUGGGAGCUUCCUGUGAAGAGAGAGGAGGAGAAGCAGCCACUGAAGGAGGGUGUUCAGGACAUGCUGGUGAAGCACCACCUCUUCAGCUGGGACAUAGACGGGUGACGCUCUUCCUCCAGCGGCCUCGUCAAGCCCGGGCUUCCCCCACCCCGUUGGCUCCCGAGCAGCCCCUUCCUCAAGCAAGAAGAGAACAGCACGGUC